GUCGCUCACUCGCGUUGUCAUGUGAGCCAUCAUGGCUGUGCCCAGCUGGCUGCUCGUGUGUUUGCUGAGGGGCGCCAUCGCCGCGGCCUCUGAGCCGAAUCCCCCGCACAUCUGCAGCGGCUGCUGCGCAGGCUCGGUGCGGAACAGCUCGGCGGUGGCUGCCUUCUGUGGCGCUCGGGAGGGCGCCGAACUCCUGGGCCGCUGCUGCCUGGAGAAGGAAGCCGUCGUCGGGCUGGAUCUGGGGAACUGCUCGCUGCAUCAGCUGUGUCCCAGCUUUCAGGAGGCCAGCACGGCCAUUGUCAUUGAUCUGACCAUCAACUCAUUGGAGCCUCCCCCAGAAGAUGCCUUCCGGGGAUUCACCCAGCUCCAAACUCUAGCUUUGCCAGCAGAAUUGGAUUGUCCUGGAGGCAGCAACGUGUGGGAUAACGUCACCACCCAAGGAAGCAGCCGGAUCUGCCACAGCCAGAGGAACCCCUGCAACGGCUCUGGGGGAUUUGGUUGGCUGUGCCCGGAGGACUCAUUUUGUACUCCUGACGGACCUGGCCUGCAUCUGUGCCUUUGUGAAGGCCCAUACCAUGGCUACAAAUGCUUGCGCCAGGGUACCUUUCCAUACCUGAUGUUCUAUGGGACUUUGGGAGCUGUCACCACUGGCCUCUCCAUUCUGCUCUGGGUCACCCAGCGGCGCAAAGUCAAAGCCUUGUAAUGGCCUCUCCCUCCUCCAGAACCAUCCCUGCUAAGGGGACAGCUUUUUCUGCCUGUUGCUCAGGCUGCGGCGUCUCUGUUCAUUGUGAAACACUUGAUCUGAACAGUUUAAAGAUGUUAGCCACACUGGUCUGAGCAGCCACACAGGGUCUUGUUGAAGUUUGCUUGAGCCACCAUCUCUUGCUUGUCUACAUUCCCCACCCCAGACCAAAGCAAAGUAAAACAUGGCUGGAUCCAGAACUUUGGUUGACUCUUUCCAGCAAAAGUUUUUUUUUUUUUUGCUUUCCUGCUGUACUGGUAUCUUUGGGUUUCCUUUCCAAUUUGUAAUAACCACAAGUGAACUGGGCUAUGCUGAUGAUUUAGAGAGGAACUGCCUCAGUUGUCUGGAAGCAUUUCAGCAAUUGCUUUGACUGUUCAGAAGACAACUUUCCAGUCUUCUUACGCUGAGGAGGAGGCAUUGCUGACCAGCAGGCCAUGUUCCUUGUUCCUCCCACCAUGGACGUCUUGUUCUAUUCCUGCUGGGCUUCUGGAAGACACCUCAAGUUGCUUAGAAGGACAGAAAUGGAGACUUCCAAGCCUUGUUGUACUGUUAGAAUGAAUUCUGAGGCCUGAAGUACUGCUGUGUCUCAGGAGAAAAAGAUCUGGGUGUUUUCCUCAUGAGUGACCUGUUCUUCAGUCAAAGGAUCAUUUUGUAAAUAGCUGUGAGGCAGCUGGUAUCACAUGACCCACUCCUCACUUUUUUGCCUCUCCAGUUUCAUCACUUGCAGAUACUUGAAGAACACAUAUUCUCUUAAAUGUCUCUACCUGUCUCCCUUGUUCCCCUCUGCAUAGACACUCCUGCCCCUGAUACACCUGCUUGAUGCUGCCUCUCUCUGCCCCUUCAUAUCUGUCCACAAAACCUAGUAAGUGCUUUGGUUCUCUCCUAGAGUCCUUGUCCAUCCCUAAAAUUUAGCCUGGACAUCUGCACACAUGCAUCCCUUUUGUCCAUGGAGCAUCCUUCCCUCUCUGCUGCAACAGAGACUGAAAGGCUUUGUUUGGCUAGUAUUUGAAGUGACCUGAAUAUUGAGGGCAUAAUAGGACAAAAUAAAUAACUAUAUCAGUAAUGGCUGGGUGGGUAGCUUGUAGGCAUGGCUUUGGCCUUCAAGCUACUCUUUAAGCCCUUAUGCAUGUCCCACUGAGUUCAUGCAGGAGCCCCUCAAGCUUGUCUUAUGCUGACUGGGUAGGGGCCAUGGCUCAGAGAAAGAGCCCCUGCUUUGCAUGCAGAAGGUCCUUAGUUCAAUCCCCGAUAUUUCUAGUUAAAAGGAUCGGAUAGUAGGUGAUGUGAAAGACCUCUGAGACCCUGGAGAGCCACUUCCAGUCUGACUAGACAAUGCUGACCUUGAUGGACUAUAGCGGAGCUUCUUGUGUUCAUGUGUACUGUGGCAGGUAGAUGCUUUCUGGAAUGUUUUAGAAGCCCUUCUGCAGUGCAGGGGAGUAAUUUCUAGCCACUGCCCUGCAAAUGGCUUUGUAGGGUGCCAUGAAGAGAUGGGAUGAGGUGGACAUUGCACCUGGAGUCUAGGGGGAGGGUUUCACAGUAUCGGGUAGUUGUUUAUUUAACCUGCAUGGUGGGUGAGUGAAGGAGAGUUCCUUGUAUGAAUAUAUGCUGGGCAUCUGUUCAUACAUGGCAGCGCUAGAUGAUACGUAACUUAGAGCAGAGGUAUUGUAUUCCUUUGUGUUCCUGUAUACAAAACUCAGUUGACCAUU